CUCCGCAGCCCGCUGCCCCGCUGCCCCUCCUCCCCCACCGAUGGCCUUCGCACACGAACAUGUCUCUGCUCACCACCACGCCAUCGGGUAGCUCACCAGCUCAGAAACGUACCGUGAAGCUUCACACUGCUUGCUAUCGACCAUGGAGGCCUGGACUCAGAAUCCCCUACUGUCUAGAACCGAUCUGCUCGAAGGCGCGAUCGCGCUUCUGAAGCCUCUCCUGCGCAAGUACUCUAAAGGAAAGGCCGCAAUCCUAGCUCUUGAGACCGGUGCGCAUUUCGACCAGCUAGCGGCUCAACUGGAGGGCUUCUCGCGCGUAAUGUGGGCAGUCGCGGCCAUCAAAGCCGGGUUCGAAGAGCAGGGCGCGUCAGACGAGGUGAAGAGCGUGUUAGCGCAGUUUGUCGAGAACUUCCAGGACGGCGUCGGCGCAGGUACUGAUCCCGAUUCACCAGAGUAUUGGGGAUACCCAGAGUCGUGCGACCAGCGAUUGGUCGAGAUGGCGGCUCUCGGGUAUUGUCUUUUCAUGUGUCCGGCCGCGUUCUGGGAUCCACUGCCGCAGAAGACAAAGCGCACGUUUGCGACAUGGCUAUACUCCAUCAACGAGGUCGGCAUUGUAUCCAACAAUUGGCUGUUUUUCCGCGUGCUGGUCAACGUGGGUCUCCGUACGGUGGGAGAAAAGCACGACGAGGAUGCGUCUCAGAAAGCACUUGCUCAGAUGAACAGCUGGUAUCUCGGCGAUGGCUGGUACUACGACGGCGCACCGCGUCAGCUCGACUAUUACAUCCCGUUUGCGUUUCAUUUCUACGGUCUCAUAUACUCCGUCCAUGCAUCUGAAUGGGACCCGAUCAACUGCGCAAAGUUUCGUCAGCGCGCCGCCAAAUUCGCUGAUACAUUCUACUCUUCGUUCGCGGACUCGGGGGCGGGGAUCCCGUUCGGUCGGAGUCUGACCUAUCGCUUUGCCCAUUCUUCGAUCUGGGCAGCGAUGGCGUAUGCAGAUCUCGAAGGCGAGAAGAUUGAUUCCACUACUGGAAAGCCUGUCGUGAAUAUGGGUGUCAUUAAGCAUCUGCUUCUUCAGAAUCUCCGGUACUGGCGAGACCAGCCUUUCUUGCUUGACGACGGCUCUUUCUCUGUCGGAUACUGCUACCCAAAUCUUUUCAUGUCUGAGGAAUACAACUCCGCAAACUCACCGUAUUGGGCAAUGAAGUCCAUGCUUGCGCUCGCCGUUCCGUCACAGUCGCGGUUUUGGACCGCUACAGAGCCAGAGAAAGUGAACAAGCCGUUUAUAACCCAGUCCCCGUUUGCAGGCCAGAUGUACAUCAACGACGACUAUGGCCACACCUACGCGCUUUCGGCAAAGCAGCAUGCAGACUGGUUUCGCAAUCAAAACGCAAAGUACUGCAAAUUUGUCUACUCGAGUCGCUUUGGAUUUUCGGUCUCGCAGCACGCGGAGGGCUUACCCCAUCUAGCAGCAGAUUGUCAUCUUGCAAUUACGACGGACGGAGAACUGUACACCACCCCCGGUGUCACGCAGGAUUAUGGAAUGGGUAUGAUUGCAGGAAGAAUGGCAGUGUCGGGAUCUUACUCGCCUGUUUUCAAUAAAUCUGUGGCCGUGUCUGCUUGGAUGUUUGCACCAGAAUCGAGCAAGAGUGCGUACCACGUUCGCAUUCUCAAGAUUGUCAAUUCAGGAAGCGUUGAUGCCACUGUCGCAGAUGGCGGAUUCUCGGUCUCAGUCGAAGGUAAAGGACGGCGCGUGAUCCGCAGCACAGAGGUGUCGUCUACGGGCGAGUUCCGUGCCGCUGGAGCCGACUGGGCGCUUUGCAAAGCACUGAACGCAGGAGUAUCCGGUCUCAAAUCUGGAUAUACGACUGGUGGACUUGGUGGUGGCAAAGCGCAGCACGCGGAUCCCAACACGAACCUUGUCUUUCCUCGCUCUGCGUUCCCGAGUUUGUCGUACACUGUGCCUGCGGGAGAGACGACGUGGAUCAUGGAUUAUGUGUUUGCUAUUCCGGGCGAGGCUGAGGUUGUCAGGAGCGGAGAGUGGAUCAAGUUGUGGGAGGAUACGCCGGAUGAAAGCGCGCUUCUUGAGGCCAUCAAGAGUCUGUAGUUGCAGAGAGUCAUUAGAUAGCA